ACAGACAGAGUCUUCUUCACAUAACGACGUUCGAAUUUACACAAGAAGCAAAAAAAAAAAACAAAAGUAAUCAAAUAAAUAUCCGAGCGAGUGAUAAAAAAUAAAUAGAUUUUGAAAAAAAAAAAUCAAACAAAAAAGUGAACUGAAUUGCAAGAGAAUUACAAAAAUAAAAUAUUUACAAGCAAACGUGUGUUGAUCUGCAUCGAGUGCGUGUUUUGAUAUUUUUCCAACAAACUAAUCGAUAGAUGCACAUGAAUUCCAAUAAAUAAACGGAACUAUUGUUGCUGACAAAUUUAAAAUAAAACAACAUUUAAUUGCUCUCAGAAUUAUCUUAAGAAAAAGCAUAACAACAAUAACAACUGAAGUGAACGUUUUUUUCAGUUCAUUUAAUUUGAAUAUUACCUGACUUGAAAUCAUAAACAUCACUUGUCGUCAGUUCAAUCUGUCAGUGGGCUGUCGAUAGCAGCAAUCCAAAAAUUGAGAUACAACUUCAGGCGAUUUCAUCAGUCAAUUGAAUUUAAUUUUUUUCGGUUUCCAUCAAUCGCUCGCUGUUCGUUGGUCAGUUCAUCGAGUGACAACAAAGGCGUUGAAAAGAAAUACAAAAAAGAAAGUUUUCAGCUUGACUCCAUAUUUAAGCAAAAAAAAAAAAAAAAAAUAAAAACACAAAAACAUCUUUUGUUUUGUUAUUUCAUUAUACAAUAGAUUAUUAUUGUUUAAAAAUUGUUUGGUGUAUUUGUGUGUGAGUGUGUCUUUUUGCCUACAUCCAACUUUGGCCCCAUAUUUGAAAGAUAAAAAAUCUCACAACAACCUACGAUAACAAAGUUCAAGUAAUACAACAACAACAACAAAAACAACAACCACAACACCAAUAAACCAGCAACAUAAACUAUAGUUUAUUCAUCACCAUCAACAUCACCAUGGCUAUAAAGUUAAACGCAGCGAAAGUUUCUUUGGCACUUUGCCUAUUCCUAACUGUGGCCGGCCACAGUUCCUUUAGGCAAAUGUCGGCCCAAGCCUCAUCGAUACCCAUUUGGGAAUUUUUAACACGAAAUGAAAAGAUGUCUUAUUUGUAUUCCCAUUUUGCCCAAUUGGUGAGCGUGCACUGUAAAACAACAGCAGCAACGUCAAACACACCGGUCAAUCAAUGCAAACAUGAUUUGUUGAAUUAUGGCUAUGAGAAAUUGCAAACGUUUGCGGAUAACCAACUGGAGGCAAUGGAUCCCUAUCAACGGAAUUCGGAAAAUUUAAUUUGGACUUCAAUUAUGCGUGAUCACCCCAGCUCCCAAUUGAUUACCACACGCAAACCGGCACUGGCCACACCUCCGGCAACAAGUAUUAUCAUUCUUACCCAUCAACAACCCAGUACUCCAAAAUCCAAUCCCAUAGGUGCCACAACAACAACAACAGAAACACAAUAUCCACACAAUCCCAUGUUUGAUAGCAGCGAACAAAAACACCAAUAUGCCAUGGAUAUGGACAUUGCCUAUGGUUAUCCCAGUAUGGCCCAUAAUCCUCAGGUUGAUGUCUUCGAUGUGGGCAGUGUUCAGAAAACCUACCUAACUGGACCCUCUGUGGUGCGUGUCAAGCCCGAUGGUACACCCGUCGAAGAGGACAAGAAUAAACCAGUGGUCAAGGAUGAUGAUUUGGAACACUAUGUCAAUACUGGACUCUUUGGAAGUGAUAAUACCAAGCCGGUGGCACACACACACACUCCCACAGCCACAACAUCAUCAAAUGGAAAACAUAGAAAAAUUGCCACCAUUAAUGCCCUGAAACAACAAUAUUUGACGAAUCUGGCAAUACAGCAACAACAGCUAUUGCCACCCUAUGAACAUUCCCGCAAUCCACGUCAGGCAUAUUGAGGAUAAGUUUUUCUUUUAAUGCCACUAAUUUGCAGGAACGUUUUUGGAAGACAUUGAAUAAUUUCGAAAGUGUUUUACUUUUCAGUGCGGAAAUGACGAUCUUCC